CUGUUGUAUUUGGGUUUUGUGCGUGCGAAUUCCAGUGAACGGAAAAACGUCCACCCAACUUUUCCUGCUGUUGGUCGUCGUGUGAUCCAGCAGGUGGGGAAACACGAGCCGCUGUUUCAUCAGGGAAAAGAACACAGGAAGCGGAUUUAAAAUGAACCAGUUUUCUUCUGAAUUUAAUUUUGCGAAUUGGUGACUGAAAACCAACUAACGUUAUCCAGAACGCGUGCUGAGUAGGUUAACCAGUAGUCAUCAUGGCGUCUUCCUCUGUGAAGGUGGCGGUGCGUGUGCGGCCUUUCAACAGCCGAGAGAUAAACCGAGGAGCUAAGUGUGUGAUUCAGAUGCAGGACAAGAGCACAUGUAUUAUUAAUCCUAAACAACCCAAGGAAGCACCCAAGAACUUCACUUUUGACUAUUCAUACUGGUCGCACAGCUCAGAGGAAGACCCAUCCUUUGCAUCCCAGAGGAAGGUGUAUCAGGACAUCGGCGAAGAGAUGCUGCUUCAUGCUUUCGAGGGCUAUAAUGUGUGUAUUUUUGCUUAUGGGCAGACUGGAGCAGGGAAGUCAUACACAAUGAUGGGAAAACAGGAUCCUGGUCAGCAAGGCAUCAUGCCACAAAUGUGUGAGGAUUUGUUCAGACAGACGGCAGACAACACUGACCCUGACCUGUCCUUCUCUGUAGAGGUUUCAUAUAUGGAGAUUUACUGUGAGCGAGUUCGGGACUUGUUGAACCCAAAAAGCAGAGGGGCCUUGAGGGUCAGAGAGCACCCUAUAAUGGGCCCUUAUGUAGAAGACCUCUCCAAAAUGGCGGUUACCAACUACAGUGAUAUUGCAGAUCUCAUGGACACUGGCAACAAAGCCAGGACGGUUGCUGCUACUAAUAUGAAUGAGACCAGCAGUCGCUCGCAUGCUGUCUUCACCAUCCUCUUCACACAGCGUCGACAUGAUAACAUGACCAGCCUGGACACUGAGAAGGUGAGCAAGAUCAGCCUGGUUGAUCUGGCAGGAAGUGAGAGAGCAGACUCAUCUGGAGCCAAAGGCAUGAGGUUGAAGGAGGGAGCCAAUAUUAAUAAGUCUCUGACAACACUGGGUAAAGUCAUCUCCGCAUUGGCAGACAUGCAUGGCUCAAAGAAGAGACGCUCUGAUUUCAUUCCCUACAGGGAUUCUGUCCUCACAUGGCUAUUGAGAGAAAAUCUAGGUGGAAACUCUCGCACGGCCAUGAUCGCUGCUCUGAGCCCAGCAGAUAUUAAUUAUGAAGAAACACUCAGUACUCUCAGGUAUGCAGACAGAGCUAAGCAGAUAAAGUGUAAUGCUGUCAUUAAUGAGGAUCCAAACGCACGUCUCGUCAGGGAGCUGAAAGAGGAGGUCAACAGACUCAAAGAGCUCCUCCUGUCUCAGGGACUCAGCAACCUCAUCACUGCCUCAGGGUCUGAAACGGGACGCCCAAUUUUGGGAGUAGCAUCAGGUGAGCUCCAUCAGCCCUCUCUCUCAUAUGUACAAUCUACCUCUGAUGCACCAAUGGAGGGUGUGACGCCUACUACUCCCACUACACACAUCAGCAAAGAGGAGGCCACAGAGAGACUCAAGGAAACGGAGAAGAUAAUUGCAGAGUUGAAUGAAACAUGGGAGGAGAAGCUUAGGAAAACAGAGUCAAUACGACAAGACAGGGAGGCACUGCUGGCUGAGAUGGGUGUGUCUGUAAAAGAAGAUGGAGGAACAGUGGGUGUCUUCUCUCCCAAAGGAACGCCCCACCUGGUGAAUCUGAACGAGGAUCCUCUGAUGUCAGAGUGUCUGAUAUAUUAUAUUAAAGAUGGAGUCACCAGGGUUGGUCAGGAAGAUGUGGAUAUCCGUCUUAGCGGUCAGUUUAUAAAGGAGCUGCAUUGCGUCUUUUGCAGUGAAGUCAAUGAGAAUAAUGAAGUGGUGGUGACUUUGGAGCCAUUAGUUGGGGCAGAAACGUACGUCAAUGGAAAACGAAUUACUGAUGGCGUUGUGCUAAAACAAGGUAACCGUAUAGUGAUGGGGAAGAACCAUGUGUUCAGAUUUAACCACCCAGAGCAGGCUCGCUUAGAGAGAGAGCGAAAUGCCACACAGGAGCAGCAGGGGGAGCCAGUGGACUGGAGCUACGCACAGAAAGAAUUGCUGGAGAAACAAGGCAUUGACAUAAAGCAGGAGAUGGAGAAGAGACUGCAGGAUCUGGAGAAUCAGUACCGCAAAGAGAAGGAGGAGGCAGACCAGAUACUGGAACAGCAGAGACUGUAUGCAGACUCAGACAGUGGUGAUGACUCAGAUAAACGGUCCUGUGAGGAGAGCUGGAGACUCAUCUCUUCUCUCAGAGAGAAAUUGCCAGCCAACAAGAUGCAGUCUAUCGUGAAAAAGUGUGGUUUGCCCAGCAGUGGGAAGAGGAAGGAGCCGCUGCGUGUGUAUCAGAUCCCCCAGCGCCGCCGCAUACCUGCCACCCAGGAGUCCAAACACAGACUCAGCUUGGAAGAGCUUCGCACACAGGCUGUUAAAGAGAUCUGCUAUGAGGUGGCGCUUGGAGACUUCAGACACACACGGCAAGAGAUUGAGGCCUUGGCUAUUGUCAGAAUGAAGGAGCUUUGUCGCACAUAUGGCCAAAAAGACCCUCAGGAGAAAGAAAGCUGGAAAAGUGUGGCGAAGGACGUAUGUGAGACUGUGGGCAUUGGAGAAGAGGAGGGAGACAGGGAGGAAAGAACAACGGCAGCUGGAGGAGAAGGGAAUGAGGGAGGAAAGAACGAUAUGGGAGAGCUCAAAGCUCAUAUUGACAAGCUGACUGAUAUACUGCAGGAAGUCAAGUUGCAGAAUAAUAUGAAGGAUGAGGAGAUCCGAUCACUAAGGGAUCGCAUGGUGAAGAUGGAGAAGAUAUUCCCAGUCGAAGUUCAG